CAGCAUGUCAAAGAGUAAAAAAAUGUUACAUCAUAAAAUAAAGCACAACUAAUUUUUUAACAAACCACGAUGAAGCUAUUUUUUAUAAAGUUUUGUCUUUAUACAUUAUGUAACCAUUUGAGCUAUGGCUUUGAAUUCAAGAACUGCUUAGAAGAACAAAAAAGUUCAAGUUCCUUAUUUUUUACUUUCAAGUAUUUGGAUUCAAACAAUACACUUAUAGACUUCAAAAAAUAUGAAGGAAAUGUUUCUUUAGUUGUCAAUGUAGCAACCUUCUGAGGUCUAACGACGUCCAACUUUCUUGAAUUAAAUGCACUUGUGAAAAAAUACUCAAGGAAAAAUGGUUGUUCACUUAAUGUUAUUGCUUUUCCUUCGAAUCAAUUUAACCACCAAUCUCCAGGCUCCAGUGAUGAAUUCAUAAGAACUCUACGUUAUGUACGACCUGGAAACGAAUAUGUUCCUGAUAUGGACUUAUUUCAAAGAGUGAAUGUAAAUGGAAUAAAUCAAACCAGCUUGUUUUCUUGGUUAAAGAGUUGCUGUGAAGCACCAAGUGAAGUUAUUGUGAAGUCCAAAUAUGCUCUUUGGAACCCUAUUCGAUCAAGUGAUAUUUAUUGGAACUUUGAAAAAUUUUUAAUUAACAGUAAAGGAUUUCCAAUAAAAAGAUACUCAGCAAAUAGCAAUCCAUUAUCAUUUGAGAAAGAUAUCGAUGAACAGAUUAAGAGUUGUAUACGCACUAGUCACGCUAAUAUGAAUUAUUUUUCAUCUUUUAUUUUAUUUAAAACUUUUGUAUUUUUUCAUGUUUAUUUUAACUUUCUUUUUUAAUCAUUUCAGAAAACAUCUUUGAUGUGCAGUGAAACGCUUUUGUUAGUAAAACUUGUUUUUUUAAAUUAUUUUUUGUUUAAUGCUGGUAAUAUUUAGUUGCAUAUUUUUUUAUGUUUAACAAAAUGUUUACUUUAUGAAAACUUUUAAGAAAGCAGUUGAACUUAAAAGUAUGAUAUGAAUGAUGUGCUGAGGCAUGUGCAUGUGUUAAACGCAUUUAUCAUUCUAGUAAACUUUGUUUUGUCAUAA